GCUGUUGCCGCCGCCUGCCCUGCCCUGCCCGGCCCGGCCCGGCCCGCGGGAGCGCCCCCACGCCCGGUUGUCCUGAAGGGCUGCGGCCCGGUGCCGGACGGGGGCGACGGGCCGGGCGCGGGUGUGGGCUCGCUCGCGGCCGCCCCCCGCCCCCGCGCCGCCCUCAUGUCGGCGCCGCUGAAGAAGGGCCCCGGGGGGCUGAUCGGGCUCAUGAAGGACGCCUUCCAGCCGCACCACCACCACCUCGGCCCGCACCAGCCCGGCGCCGUGGACAAGAAGAUGGUGGAGAAGUGCUGGAAGCUCAUGGACAAGGUGGUGCGUUUGUGUCAGAACCCAAAACUGGCAUUGAAGAACAGCCCACCCUAUAUCCUAGAUCUGCUACCCGAUACCUACCAGCAUCUACGAACCAUUCUAUCACGCUAUGAGGGGAAGAUGGAGACCCUAGGAGAAAACGAGUAUUUCCGCGUGUUCAUGGAGAACUUGAUGAAGAAAACUAAGCAGACAAUCAGCCUUUUCAAGGAAGGGAAAGAGCGGAUGUAUGAGGAGAACUCUCAGCCUAGGCGUAACCUGACAAAGUUAUCCCUGAUAUUCAGCCAUAUGCUGGCAGAACUUAAAGGUAUUUUCCCAAGUGGCCUUUUCCAGGGAGACACGUUCCGGAUCACCAAGGCAGAUGCUGCAGAAUUUUGGAGAAAGGCUUUUGGUGAAAAGACUAUCGUUCCUUGGAAGAGCUUCCGUCAGGCCCUGCAUGAAGUGCAUCCAAUCAGUUCAGGGCUGGAAGCCAUGGCCCUGAAGUCAACGAUUGACUUGACGUGCAAUGACUACAUUUCAGUAUUUGAAUUUGAUAUCUUCACACGACUUUUUCAGCCAUGGUCCUCUCUGCUCAGGAACUGGAAUAGCCUAGCGGUGACUCAUCCUGGUUAUAUGGCAUUCCUAACGUAUGAUGAGGUGAAAGCCCGGCUUCAGAAAUUCAUUCACAAACCUGGCAGUUAUAUUUUCCGAUUGAGUUGUACACGACUCGGUCAGUGGGCCAUUGGCUAUGUCACUGCAGAUGGGAAUAUUCUUCAGACAAUCCCCCACAACAAACCUCUUUUUCAAGCACUGAUUGAUGGCUUCAGGGAAGGCUUUUAUUUAUUUCCUGAUGGCCGGAAUCAGAAUCCUGACUUGACUGGCCUGUGUGAGCCCACACCUCAGGACCACAUUAAAGUUACACAGGAACAAUAUGAAUUGUAUUGCGAGAUGGGCUCCACAUUUCAGCUGUGUAAAAUAUGUGCUGAAAACGACAAGGAUGUGAAGAUCGAACCAUGUGGCCAUCUGAUGUGCACGUCCUGUCUCACUGCAUGGCAGGAGUCAGAAGGCCAGGGUUGUCCUUUUUGCCGCUGUGAAAUCAAAGGCACGGAGCCAAUUGUAGUAGACCCGUUUGACCCCAGAGGAGGGGGAGGAUUAUCACGGCAAGGGGCAGAAGGAACUCCCUCACCCAAUUAUGACGAUGAUGAUGAUGACAGAGCUGAUGAUUCCCUCUUCAUGAUGAAAGAACUCGCUGGUACCAAAGUCGAGCGUCCUCCUUCUCCGUUCUCAGUAGCUCCACAGGCCACCCUUCCUCCCGUGCCACCACGACUGGAUCUUUUGCAGCAGCGAGUGUCCAAUCCGCCUGGGGCUUCCAGUCCUGGGACCACUUCAAAGGCUGCACCUGGUACUCUUCACAAGGAUAAACCUUUGCCGAUCCCACCCACGCUCAGAGAUCUCCCACCGCCACCACCUCCGGACAGGCCACAUUCUAUUGGGACUGAAGGUCGACCUCAGAGACGUCCCCUGCCCUGCACGCCAGGAGACUGUCCUUUGAGAGACAAACCACCCCCUGUGCCCUCCAACCGUCAGGCGGACCUGUGGCCAUCCAGGCCAAUUCCAAAAGCCCCAUCUGUAGCUCUCAGCCCAGGUGACCCUUGGGCUGGGAGAGAACUGUCAAACAGGCACUCGCUGCCCUUUUCCUUGCCCUCUCAGAUGGACUCCAGGGCUGACAGCCAUCGGCUUGGGAGCACGCUCAGCCUGGACAACCCAGUGAGCUUGAACAGUGGUCCAACAACAACCUCAGAGUGUGAACACCCCAAAAUUAAACCCUCCUCAUCUGCCAAUGCGAUCUACUCCUUAGCUGCCAGACCACUGCCUGUACCAAAACUGCCUCCUGGUGAACAGUCUGAAAGCGAUGAAGACACUGAAUACAUGUCGCCAUCCUCUCUGCCUGUGGUGCCUCCAGGUCCUGCUGUACAAAAAACAGAGAUCAAAAUGCCUUUGGAAAUGACUCAGAGUUUACGCGUUUUAGACUGCAACCAGCAGACGGAUGCCUGUAUGUAUGAAGCAAUGUACAACAUUCACUCCCAAGCGGCAUCCUCUGCUUUCGAGACUGUCAACACUUCUGAUGAAGGGGAUCAGGCAGCAGCCACUGCCAGCAAUGGCCCUGAAGAGUCAGAAAAUGAAGAUGAUGGCUAUGAUAUCCCCAAACCACCACUACCAGUUGCCAUUGCUCGUCGCACACUGUCUGAUAUCUCCAAUGCCACACCUGCCUUCAGCCGAAUGUCUUUGGAAAAUGACCCUCUAACAGGUUUUACAGAUGGCUCUCAAGUUCCAGAAAGGCCGCCAAAGCCGCUACCACGGAGAAUAAAUUCUGAGCGGAAAGCAGGGAGCUGCCAAGCAGGCGGAGCCAGCAGUGGGACCAGUGCGUCACUGCAACUCUCCAGUGAGAUCGAGAAUCUAAUGAGCCAAGGUUACUCAUAUCAGGACAUUCAGAAAGCACUGGUCAUUGCACAUAACAAUAUUGAAAUGGCCAAGAAUAUUCUCCGGGAGUUUGUUUCCAUUUCCUCCCCUGCGCAUGUGGCCACAUAGCACAUUACCUCCACACCUGCAACUUCUGUGGACCAACUGCCUGGGCAGCCGUAGCCCAGCUAUGCACCAAAGGGGAAGGGGGUUCCUAUAGAGACUUUAUGCUGAGGUCAGUCCUGCCUCUUAAGAGAAUCAGUUAUCAGGUUUUUGUGGUUCCAGAUUUCAAAGCAGUGGAAUGAAAUGGAGCAGAAUGGUGUUUUAUACAGUGUAUGUCUUGGAGUCCUUUACCCCUACCUCUUGUUUGAGAGAACAGAUUUAUUUCCAGGGUGUUGGUAGAGAAAGGUAUCGCAACAAGGGAUCCCCGAGCUGAUGCCCUGGAGGCUGGGGGGGAGUGUUUUGUGCUGUGAAUUCUAAGUGAAUGCUCUGAGAAACAAAGUCUCGAGGUCGGUGUGGUGUGUCCUGUGGUUCAUGGUACUAGGUUUGGAUCUGUUAGCUGCUGUGUGUCUGGCUCAGGCUUUUUAGAGCAGCUGGGAGGUCACUUUCUGCUGGGAAUAAGUAGGAGACCUUGGAAGAAUCUUCCGAUUGCUUCCUGUUUGCCAUGGCGUUUUUCCCCCUUGCCUGUAAUAAUAGCAUUUAUUGCUUAUGGUUCAAGUCCUCCCUUUUUGCCUGGAGAUAGCAUGACUAGCUUCUGUCAGGCAUUUUGAUCUUGACAGUGCUGGGAGUUGGAUUUCUCUCAUAUGUGUCCUCUUGCCGGCAGCACUGGCAGCACCAGAUUCCAGGCAGCUAGAUGUGCUGAAAGUUUUGUGUGUUUUUGAGGGGUGGGAGAGGGUGGGAAGAAUUUGAGUGAGAGCAAAGAACUGGCUGCUGCUUCGCUUUUUAGCCUUGAGCAUUUUGUGCUUCAAUGCUCAAACUUGAUUGUGGCACUGCUGGGCUUGAGCAGCCGUCACUGGACACUCCCAUGCGCUCUUUCUCUAGGAAUGUUGCACCUGGUAAAUAUGAUGUUUUAUUUAUCUUAAUUGCAUGGUGGCUGCCGCAGACUACUGGCCUUCAUGCCCAUUCCAUCAUCUCCUUCAGAGAACUUUUGUGGGAGCCAGCUGUCUUUGUGCCAGGCUGUUUUGUGGAAUUGGUAGAUGCAGCUGAUGUAUUCAUUGGUAUCUUACCUGCUUUACCAGUAAAAGAAAUGCAGCAGUUCUCUGCAUGGCUAUCAAAACAACAUGGGGGCUCUUCUUUCCAUUUCCAUUACUCUAAGGUAUUGCCAGAGCUUAUGUUAAAACAGAUCUGGGAAACUUCUGUAUUUGUAAAAUGAUCGCACAGCUUUAAAAGUCAGUACUCAGCUGUUACUUGGAAAAAACAUGACUUGAAUACUCAGCUACUUAACUCUGUUCAUAUAUGCUUGACGUGCAAGAAGUGUAUGGUUCUUUUUGAGAGGAUGUAAAUCAAGUAGGGUACACAGAUCACAGCCUGACAGACGAACAAGUGCUCUGUGUACACUGAGAGGCUAUUAGACUUUUGAAGCAUGUCUAGUAUUAUUUGUAUCUCUCCAAGGGCAGCAGUAGUCACUAGGCAAAGGGUUGCAACUUGAAAUGUUGGAGAGAUUAUGGCAGUUGCAUGCAGUUUAGCCUUUUAAAGAAUCUAGUAGCUGGGCCCAGAUCUCGGAUAAACUUGCAAUUGGCAGAGAGAACUUAACAAGUAUUAUCAAAGGGAACUAAGCUUAAAAUGUUUGUUUUAUGUAGAAUAUAGGUUUCUCUCUAGAUCUACACCUUUAUAAAUUGAUGCAGUGAGUUCCAGGCAGUUUAAAAGCAUGAACUGUCCCUCUUUACUCCCUUCCUUUCUGUAGUAAAGAAAAUGUUCUCUGAAACUGUAAGGAGAUCUCCUGCAACAUUUGCAGGCUGUCACCACUGUUGCUAUUUUGGGGCCAGGGCUGAAACUUGCAAAUGCAGCACACUGAUGAGAUUUAUGUCAGUGGGCAUGGUUCUGUGCAAUGGUGCAGAGAGAGGUCAGGGGCAGCCAAGAGCAGGGUCUGGCCUUGGUGAAAGUGCUGAGUUGCAGAGAAGGUGAUGUCAGUGCAUAUUGUACUCGGGGAAGAACAACUGUUGUUUUUCCUCUGCCCACGUGUGCAACAGUCAGCAGUAUCGUGAACCAGUCCUGCUUUUUCUGUGUGAAGCGCUCUGCCAGUUAUACAUGGCAGCCUUGGUCAGUGUGUCUGUAGGAGCUUCUAGAGAAGCAAGCCCAGCACUGAUGCUGCUGAGGCAGGAACAUGGGGCAGCUCUGGCUGUUCUCUCAGUAGAUCUGCAUGUUACACUUGUAAGCCUGAGCAACCAGUCCUAGUGUAUGAGAGUUAUUUCCUGGCUUUGUCCUGGAGAACCAGCCUUUUGUGAGGGAGCACUACGGUUUUAUUUCCCUCUUUCGUAUUCUCUCCAGUGCUGCCACUAGCUCCGUGUUGGGUUUGGAGCCACUUCGUUUCUGACUUGCUGUGUAAACUCAGUGCAAGUGUGUUCAAGUGUGGCACAUGACUCUUGCCACUGCCAAGGCUGUGUAAGAGCCAAGUCCAGCCAGCUAGAAAGCCUUAACUCUUGUCUUGCACAGUGUGUGUGAUCAGACUAGUGAUGACCUGUCCCAUACAAGCCCUUUAUUACAGGCUUGUUGUAAUGUUAAAUUAAAUCCUGCCUAGCAGAGCUAUUACAAUCCAGUCUUUGGGGUUUAUGUGCUGAGAGACGUUUCUAUGGGUAUUGUUCCAGAUAUUAGAGAUUAGAGAGAGCAGUCUUUGUGGCAUGUAUCACUAAUUUUUCUGCAUGUGUCCUUUCUGUGCACUGUUUGUGUCUCAAACUGAUUUAAAAAACUUAAGUCUUGGCUUUUCUUCCUUAGAAAUGUAAGCCUUUGCUAGUACCACUGAAGUGCAGCAGAGUCCUGACCAUGUCUUAUGGCUGUGCUCUGUGAAGUCAAUCCAGGCACUGUACAGUGUAUUUUUCUUGUUGUUCUUUCAGAAAGGUAAGCCUAAGAUUGAUUUCUCUUUUUUUUCCCUUCACCUCCUUGAUCUUUAUUCUUAAGAAGUUAACUUUAUGAUGCUACUUUAAAAAGAAAAAAAAAAAAAAACCAAAUGUCUAGUGCCUUUCUUAAGGGAAUGCUGCAUUGCUAGGCUGGAUUUGAGUAUCCAUCCCUCUGUGAAAAUGAAGAGCCUGAACUAGACAAGCUGUAAAGAUGCCUUUGAGUGUGAGACUGCUUUGAAAGGGGUGGAAAGAAGGGGCAAGAAAGAUGGGCAAUUGUCACUUCAACUUUGACACUGUGUUUUGUAGCAUUUCAACUGUGGAGGUUUCCUACUUUACCUGUUACUAACAGUGACUUGUCUGGACUGGUGCUGUACUAAGCUUGGUGUGAAGACAGUAGAAUUGUAGGACAGGAUUGGUUUUGCUUGUAACAAAAUACGAGUUCUGCUCAUAAAAAAUGCUGGUUUUCCCCCUACCUGUCAACCCUGGACACAAAGCAAGCAGAAAACACUUUGCACAGUAAGAGUUGGGCACAAAAUGUGUGGGACCAGUAUGCGUCUCUGCACAGCGAGCAGCAGGUAGCUGUGGAAAGCAGGCAAGUAUCAUCUGUUCUGAACAGGGUUUCUGGCUGACUUAGUAUGUUCAAUGCCACUGUAGCUGAAUGGGAAUCUGAAAUGAGACAUAUCCUGCCAGGGGCAUGGUAAAACUUGUCUGCUGCACUGCUCUUGCGUGUCUGUCUCUGCAAGUGCUGCAACUUGAGGCAUGGAGUGUCUCUGCUGGGAUCCAGCAGACUUGCUUUCACUAUAAACAGCUUUUCUGCAUGCCCUUCACUGAGCCCUUACCUUGGGGGAGCCAGAUAGGCUCAGAGUACAGCAUGUUGCUUCCUGCACUAGACUGAUUACAUUACUGUAGCUAAUCCUGAGGCAGGGUCAUUACUGUAAAUGUUUUUUUCAGUUGAGCAAGAAAAAAUGCAACUCCCCGUGCACUUUCUUAAAGGUGCCACUUUAAAAAUUAGUGGGGAAUAAGGACACUUAUUUUUAAAGUUCCUAAUAGAAACCUUUUUUGAAAUUCCCAGUGGGGGAGGAACAGUUGUUCUUUCUCUUGAAUGACAAAUACCAAUUUGUAUAAUAUCAGUGUUAAAAAUGUUGAGAUUUUCACAAAAUAUUUUAAAAAAUAUAAUAGUGUCAUUAAUAUAAAAAUAUAAUAGCAGUAUUUAAUCCUUUCAGAUCUGUAAAGAAUAAGGAAAAACAGAAGGUAAAUAUUCUUACAGAGAGUAGCUGAGCUUUAAGGUUCACUUGGUUUAAAGUCCUCAUUUUGUUUGCAAAUGCAUUGUUAAUGUUUAGAGGUUAUACUAAUGUUAUUUAUUAAUUGUUUUCAUUCUUGUAUGCUGCCCACUAAGAGCUUCUUUGUUUGGGAUUUCAUUCACCUGUGUCAGUAAAAAGAAAACAAAACAAAGUUUUAUUUUUAAAUAAAAUUUCCUUUGUUGUAGCA